CAGAGGAUCUAGCAAGGCUUAUGACGUACUGGGAAAGAUGAGAAUCCAGAGAACUUCUGAGAAUUUUGUUGUCGACAUGGAAAGCUUGUCGAACAUGGCCAUGAAAGAGAGUGCUAAGAGCUCCUGGAUCAUGGGAGGAGUCACAAGAAAGAGUUUGAAGUGUGGAGCUGAGAAGAAGUCUAUUGCUACUGCUAAUGCCAAUGCUCAUGAUCACAAAACCGACGCAGAAAAGGCAGAAGAGGCUAUUAUUACCACACCGGAAAGGCCAAACAUGGAGGCCGGAGGGAAGACGACCGAUCAUUCUAAUGGCGCACAAGCAAAUCAUCAAAUCACUAUCGCCACCACCAUCUCUGAUGUCGUUGGUGACAGCAAAUGCACCGUAGCGGGUGGCAAAUGCAUCGUCCGGAGGAGUGCCUCGAGACAUACUUAUCUUCAAUGGAUUCUUUAUCCCAAGAGGAUUCUCUUCUUCUUUGCUACCUUAUCAAGCAUGGGAACAAUCCUGCUCAUAUACUUUACCCUUUCCAUCACCAAUCCACAACUGGAUGGCAACCCUCCUUGAUCUUGAACCAUCAAGUUGCAAUUAUGUUAGGACAUUGAAACACCACCCAAUUAGUCGUUCAUAAUAGCAAAUAUAAAAAUCAUUUCUUGGAUCUAGAAA